AUGAUCGUUCGUGACUCCACAAUCACGAAGAUGUCACCUGCGACUGCUAAGGCUUUGCUCGACGCUGGCUACACAGUUCGGGUUGAGGAAUCCCCGGACCGCAUUUACAAGAUUGACGAGUUCAGAGAUGUUGGGGCUGAAAUCGUACCCGCUGGCUCGUGGGUGAAUGCACCCAAGGAGGAUAUUAUCCUGGGAUUGAAGGAGAUUGAGGCGAAUGGUACACCGUUACCUCACACCUACAUUCACUUUGCUCAUGUAUUCAAGAAGCAAAGCGGCUGGGCUACUGAGCUGUCCCGCUUCGCAAACGCGGAUGGCUUACUAUAUGACUUGGAAUUUCUUACGGACCAAGAUGGACGCCGGGUAGCUGCAUUCGGAUAUUGGGCGGGAUAUGCCGGGACCGCUCUGGCACUCCUGUCUUGGGCUCACCAGCUGCUCAACCCUGGCGUACCCCAAAGACCGGUUCCCGUCGUUGACUCUGCCUCUGCUUUGACUGAACUUGUCAAGGGUAAGGUCGACGCUGCACGCUCCGCCAACCACGGCGCGCUCCCUCGACUGAUCGUAAUCGGUGCCCUGGGCCGCUGCGGCAAAGGUGCCAUCGCAGCAGCUGAGGCCAUUGGUGUUAGUGACAUUCUGAAAUGGGACAUCGCCGAGACGAGCAAGGGUGGCCCAUUUCCUGAAGUCGCCUCGUCUGAUAUUUUUGUGAACUGCGUCUACCUAGGUUCCAACAAGAUCCCACCCUUCACAACUUUUGAAGCACUCUCAGGACCCGACAGACGACUCCGGGUCAUUUGCGACGUCAGUUGCGACCCCAACAGCGAGAAUAACCCUAUUCCCGUCUACUCCAGCUACAGUUCGUUCGAAAACCCGACUGUCCCUGCUUCUGAGCAUAUUGAUGGUCCUGAACUGCGCAUCAUUGCUAUCGAUCAUCUUCCUACCAUGGUUGCACGCGAGUCGAGUGACGAGUAUUCCUCACUACUUCUGCCAAGUUUGUUGACUCUGGACCGCCGGGAUACUGAGGGGGUUUGGCAGCGAGCAGAACGGAUCUUUCGCGAGAAGGUUGCAGAGCUGCCCUAG